ACAAAACACCAACAGCAGCGUCUUAGUUCUUGCACAUUUUUUUAUAAAAAUAUAACCUAACAAAACGGUAAAAGCAUCUCGAUAAAUAUUCGUAGUGAUAGAAAGAACGAUAGCGAAAUACAAAAAGGAACAGUAUCGAACAAAAGAGCAGUAAAGCAGAAGCCAAAUCAACUCGUCCUGCCCUGAAGAUCUUUGGCUUUUUCGGACAUACUUGGGAUUCACCAAUGGAGGCUGCUGCUUGGAGGAGAGCGGCUCUUGUGUUACUUCUGCUCGCAAGACUGCGAAGGAGGGGUGGGAGGAGAACUAGUCGCUACUGGGUCCAUCCAAGGAACCGACACCGGCGUCAACAAGGAGAUUUCUAUCGCCUGGUGGCGGAACUGCGUCUGGACAGUCAACGGCAUCGUCAGUACUUUAGAAUGAGUGGCGAGCAGAUGGAUCAGCUUCUUUCCAUGAUUGGCCCGGAAAUCACCAAAGUCAGCACCAACUACCGAGCUGCCAUAGAAGCCAAGCAGAGACUGGCCGUCGCACUGAGGUACUUGGCUACUGGGGACUCCUUAAGCAGCAUCGCCUUGGACUAUCGCCUCGGGCACACCACGGUGAUGAACUCGGUCCACAUGGUGUGUGGCGCCAUCGAAAAGGUGACGAUGAAGACCUUUUUGCCGCGACCCACCGCGGAGAUGUGGAGGGAGGUGGCGCAACGCUUCUGGCAAAAGUGGAACUUCCCAAAUUGUCUGGGGGCGCUGGACGGGAAACACGUGGUGGUCCGAGCCCCGCCUCGGUCCGGCAGUCGGUAUUUCACCUUCGUGCUUCUGGCACUGGUGGAUGCAGACUACCGCUUCCGGUGCAUUGAGGUGGGAGACUUUGGUGGGGUCUACGCAGGCUCGGAUUUGGGCAUACAGAUGGAGAAGAGCGCCCUUCAUGUUCCUCCUCCACGCUCCCUGCCUGGUGCCGCUCACACUGGGGACGUUCCUCACCUCAUGGCGGGAGAUACGGCGUUCCCUCUGAAGCCCUACCUGAUGAGACCCUACCCGGGACAGAAGCUCACCCACAAAAAGAGGAUUUUCAACUACCGACUCUCCAGAGCGCGGAGGGUGGCGGGAGACUCCUUUGGCAUUUUGGCAUGCCGUUGGAGGAUCUUGCAGCGGAGGAUAAACCUGCAGCCCCAGAACGUGCAAACGCUGGUGAUGGCGGCGUGCAUCCUGCACAAUUUCCUGCUGGAACCGAAUGAAAACGUGCGGCUCCUGCUGGAGGCGGAGGAAGACGGGAGGCGCAUGGCGCCGGCGAGGAACAUGGGAGGGAACAGGGCGUCGAGGGAAGCCCGCGCGGUUCGAGACAACUUGGCCACGUUCUUCCUCACCCCGGAGGGCAGCGUGUCCUGGCAGGACAAGAUGGUUUAAACUUGAAGUCUUCACCUAGACCAGGGGUCGGCAACCUUUAGAAUCAGAAUCAGAAUCAGAAUCAGCUUUAUUGUCAUUACGCAAGGUAACGAGAUUGAGGCCAUUCCAUACAGUGCGAUGUGUGCAUGCUAGAAAAACAAUGUGCAAAUAUAUAAAAAUAUAAAAAAUGUAGAAGUGCAAUGAAUAUGGUGUGAAAUGAAUAUAUACAUGAAAAAACAAAAACAGGGUGGUUGGUGGAAUGGGUUAUUGCACCGAAGAGAAGGCAGUUAUGAGGGACAAUGGGGCAGUCCGUUCAGGAUGGUUAUGGCCCUGGGGAAGAAGCUGUUCUUUAGCCUGUUUGUUUUGGUUUUAAUGCACCUGUAGCGCUUCCCAGAGGGCAGCAGGUGGAACAGGUCAGAGCCAGGGUGGGUGCUGUCCUUGAUGAUGGCACUGGCUCUGUUGAGGCAGCGGGAGGUGUAGAUGUCCGUCAGAGAGGGGAGAGGGCGGCCGAUGAUCUUCUGAGCCGUCUUGACCACUCUUUGCAGCCUCUCCCUGUCUGCUGCAGUGCAGCUGCCGUACCACACUGUAAUACAGUAGGUCAGCAGGCUCUCGAUGGACGAGCGGUAGAAGGUCAGCAGCAGGUCAGGCUUCAGGUUGUACUUCCCGAGGACUCUAAGGAAGUGUAGCCGCUGCUGAGCCUUCUUGAUGAUUGAUGUGGUGUUGACUGUCCAGGAGAAGUCAUUAGAGAUGUGGACUCCAAGGUACCUGAAGGUGUGGACCCUCUCUACACGCUCGCCGUUGAUGUAAGUCAAGUCAAAGAGCCAUUUUGACCAGUUUCACAAAUUAUAGAAAACAAUGGGAGCCGCAAAAAUAUUUUGAAAUUUUAAAUGAAAUAACACUGCAUACAAAGUUUUGUUUUAGCUUUGUGUUGUAUAAUUUAGGUGUCUUAGACACGCUGCCCACACCUUUAUAUGGAAUUUUGAUAGCUGGUGCGGCACGCGGAUUUUGAUCGAUAGGCGCUUGUCAGCGUCAUGCGUACCGUGAUGGUACAGCUAUUAGCAACUACUACCAACAGCGUGCCUGGUCAGCCAAACGUUAUUUGGGCUUUCGCUUGCUCACGUAGGUAACAGCAAGGCAUACUUGUUCAACAACCACACAGGUUACACUGACGGUGGCGGUAUAAAAAAAACUUUAACACUCUUACUAAUAAUGCGCCACACUGUGAACCCACACCAAACAAGAAUGACAAACACAUUUCGGGAGAACAUCUGCACCGUAACACAACAUAAACACAACAGGACAAAUACCCAGAAUCCCAUGCAGCCCUAACUCUUCCGGGAUACAUUAUACACCCCCGCUACCAAACCCCGCCCACCUCAACCGACGCACAGAGAGAGGAGGGGGGGGGUUGAUGUUUGAGGGAGCAGGGGCGGGGUGGGGGCGGGGUUUGGUGGUAGCGGGGGUGGCAUGGCGUAGUGGGUAGAGCAACCGUGCCAGAUACCUGAGGGUUGCAGGUUCGCUCCCCGCCUCUUACCAUCCAAAAAUCGCUGCCGUUGUGUCCAUGGGCGGGACACUUCACCCUUUGCCCCCGGUGCCACUCACACCGGUGAAAUGAAUGAUGAAUGAUAGGUGGUGGUCGGAGGGGCCGUUGGCGCAAAUUGCAGCCACGCUUCCGUCAGUCUACCCCAGGGCAGCUGUGGCUAUGAAAGUAGCUUACCACCACCGGGUGUGAAUGAUUGAUGGGUUCUACAUGUAAAGCGACUUUGGGUACUUAGAAAAGCGCUAUAUAAAUCCCAGUUAUUAUUAUUAUUAAUGUAGCCCGGAAGAGUCAGGGCUGCAUGGGAUUCUGGGUGUUUGUUCUGUUGUGUUUAUGUUGUGUUAAGGUGCAGAUGUUCUCCCGAAAUGUGUUUGUCAUUCUUGUUUGGUUUUGGUUCAAAGUGUGGCGCAUUAUUAGUAAGAGUGUUAAAGUUGUUUUUAUAUGUGGGCGGCAUGGCGUAGUGCGUAGAGCAACCGUGCCAGAAACCUGAGGGUUGCAGGUUCGCUCCCCGCCUCUUACCAUCCAAAAAAAAUCUCUGCCGAUGUGUCCUUGGGCGGGACACUUCACCCUUUGCCCCCGGUGCCGCUCACACCGGUGAAUUGAAUGAUGAAUGAUAGGUGGUGGUCGGAGGGGCCGUUGGCGCAAAUUGCAGCCACGCUUCUGUCAGUCUACCCCAGGGCAGCUGUGGCUAUGAAAGUAGCUUACUACCACCGGGUGUGAAUGAUUGAUGGGUUCUACAUGUAAAGCGACUUUGGGUACUUAGAAAAGCGCUAUAUAAAUCCCAGUUAUUAUUAUUAUUAUUAUUAUUAAUGUAGCCCGGAAGAGUCAGGGCUGAAUGGGAUUCUGGGUGUUUGUUCUGUUGUGUUUAUGUUGUGUUGAGGUGCAGAUGUUCUCCCGAAAUGUGUUUGUCAUUCUUGUUUGGUUUCGGUUCAAAGUGUGG